AUGGCCAGCCCGAGGUCACAGGAAAUGGAUACGUUGAGAGAGGAGAUUGGCUUCCAGCGGGCCAUUCUGGACUCGCUUGCCAACGCACAGGAUGCAGACUCCAAGAGGGUGCGCAUCGGCGCCAGGCGGGAGAUUCAGCUGCUCUUGGAUAAGCUCCGAAAGCUUGAAGGUCCGACAGCAAGCCCGUCUCGCUCCGCCCCAACACCAACAGGCUCCCAAAGUGUUAAACGAGAGCGGAACCCAAUCCCUUUAGGUCCGCCUACUACACCCGUCAAUCUGCCCAACAGGAAGCGAGAAUUUGCACACCGUGGAAGUCCUACCAGCCCAGGCAUACACCCCAAAUCACAAAAAACCACACCAAUGUCGGGUGCUAGCAACAGGGACCCGAGGAACUCGAUGGAUGAUAUUCUAGACUCGGAUAACCUGGAGGUUAUUGACCUCACAGGGGACGACCUCGCGGAUACGACUGGCUACAUUGCCGCUCAGAUGCGACAGGAGAGUCUGGCUGCACAAAGACAGCGUGACCGCGGAAUGGCUAGAAGCCUUCAACAGCAGCAUGCACCGCGGCAGCCUCACCCUCUUCCCAACGAGACGCGGGACUCCCGAACUGAUCCAUUGCAGCGACUCAUGAUGAGUGCUCGGACGAGCGGGGCCCCUAGAGCUGGAUUCACUGAUCAGGACUCGAGUGAAUUCAAAGUUGAGUACCCAUCUCACGAAAACAGGAACAAGGUUUCUGGUGCUGCCAGGGCACAGUUCGACCCCAACGCCUGGUCCAGUGCAGACCGCGACGCCCUUGUGCGUAGUAUACGUAUGGGCGAGCAGUAUAGACUACAUAGCCUCGCACAGCACCAGCAACGUAAUGGACGACGAGCUCAGUUUCCGGCAAUGCCACCGCAGUAUCCUAGCUUGCCUGGUGCCUUUCCGGGCUCCGAAUACUUUAGCCCAGCCUCUCAGCUUGGCCCGCCUGCUACCCAGAGAUCACCCCAUGUUCUUGCGUCGACGACUUGGCCUACUGUUCCCAGUAUGGGCUCUUCUUCCAAGAUGGGCGAGAUCAUCAACCGCACAAGUGGCUUUGCGUAUGGCAGCGCAGAGGCUGGGUUUGGUCACCCUCCCGUGUCCGAUCGCAUGAAAUAUUUCCUGGACUUGACUCAGGAUCAGGAAAAGAUGAGCGACAAGGAACUGGAAGAGCUGCUGGGAAAUAUUCGUCCGGACGUAGAAAUUCCUCUUGAGGAGCGCCAAGAUACAGUCGAGGGCCUCAAGGUCAACAUCUAUCACCACCAGCAACUCGCUCUCAAGUGGAUGCAAGCCAUGGAAGAUGGCUCAAACAAGGGUGGUAUCCUAGCGGACGACAUGGGUCUAGGCAAAACUAUCUCUGCGAUGGCAUUGAUGGUGACAAGGCCUGCUACCCAGCGACCUAAAACCAACCUCAUCAUUGGACCCCUGGCCCUUGUUCGUCAAUGGGAGGAUGAAAUUCUUACUAAGAUAUCGGCAUCCCAUAAGAUGUCUGUGUAUGUGUACCACGGCAAGAAGACUACCACUGAUGAGCUUCUCAAGUACGAUGUGGUGCUCACCACGUACGGCACCAUUGCUGCAGAGCUCAAAAGACUGGAAAACUUCAUGAAGGAGAACGCUGAUGCCGGGAGAAGCGCUGACUACACCAACAACCAAACUACAGUCAGGUUCCCUUUGCUGCACCCAACAAAGGCCAAGUUCCAUCGGGUCAUCCUUGAUGAAGCCCAGUGCAUCAAGAACAAGGAGACACAGACCGCCAAGGCUUGCCACCGUCUCCGGGCCACCUAUCGCUGGUGUCUAACAGGCACUCCGAUGAUGAAUGGCGUGUUGGAGCUUUAUUCGCUGCUUGCAUUUUUGCGCAUUAGGCCUUACUGUGCUUGGGAUAGAUUCCGUCAACAGUUUGGCGUUUUAUUCGGCAAAAAGGGUGAUGAGAAGAGUGUCGCCAUGUCCAAGCUCCGUGCACUUCUCAAAGCCAUUAUGCUCAGACGCAAGAAGAAUUCAUUGCUGGAUGGCAAGCCCAUCUUGACGCUGCCACCCAAGAUUGAACAGGUUGUGUAUGCAGAGCUCUCACAUGAUGAGCGUGAUUAUUACGACCAGUUGGAAGUCAAGGCCCAGGUACAGUUCAGCAAGUAUUUGCGUGAAGGAAGUGUUGGAAGGAAUUAUUCCAACAUUCUUGUGCUCCUUCUGCGUCUCCGUCAAGCUUGUUGCCACCCUCAUCUCAAUCUCGACGUUACUGACGCCACUCCCAUUACCGAAGAUGAGGUCCUCGAAUUGGUCAAACAGCUGCAGCCUAGUAUCAUUGCCAGAAUCAAAGCCGCAAACGGAUUCGAGUGUCCUAUCUGCUAUGAUGCCGUUAUAUCACCUCAGUUCUUUAUUCCCUGCGGCCACGACAGCUGCAGUCAGUGUCUGAGCCGUAUCGUCGACAAUGCAACAUCGACGAAUAUUCAACACGGAAACGAGAGCGACAAAUGCAAAUGCCCAGUCUGCCGUGGACAAUUCGAUCCCAAACAAUGCUUUACACUGGAAGCAUUCCAAAAGGUGCAUAUGCCGGAGGCGCUCAAAGAGGAGCUGAAGGAUGAAUCGGAAGACGAGUCGGACGACGAUCUUGUCGAAGACAGCGAAGCUAGCGAUGACGACAUCUAUUCUGACGAUGCUGUGGACGAAAAGGGCAAUUUGCCUGGCUUCGUUGUCGAUGACCACUUUUUUAGCGACUCUGAUGAUACUAUGGACACCAAGUCAAAUGUCGCCGAUAUCAAGGCGGAGGGCAUCAAGGCGGAAGGCGUCAAGGCGGAAGUGUCGUCUGCGGCUUCUACAUCAAGCAGAGUCAAGUCGGAAGAAGAUGAGCAGGAGAAGGAGAAGCUACGCAAAGCCAAGAUAAAACAGGGCAAGCGUGCCCGACUGGUCAAGGAAAAGAAACCCAAGAAGACCAAGUCAAAGGCGAAAAAGGACCAAAAAGAAGAGAAACAAAAGGUGAUCAAAACGGACAUCAAGCCGUCGAUGCUCAAAGAACUUCGCGUCGAGGCCCGCAAGAGCCGUGAGGCUUACCGCAAGUACAUGAACUACCUCCGAGAGAACUGGCUCCCUUCCGCGAAAGUCAGCGAAUGCAUCCGCCUGCUCAAAGAGGCGGAAAAGGAGGGCGGCAAGUCGAUUGUCUUUUCACAGUGGACCCUUUUACUCGACCUCAUUCAAGUCGGCCUCGAGCACGAGAAUUUCGCGACCAAGCCGGAGCGCUACGAUGGCGGUAUGUCAGGCGACGAGCGCAACAACGUAGCCAAGGCUUUCCAGGAUCCCGGAAAUAAGCAGGUUAGGGUGCUGCUCGUCUCGCUGCGCGCUGGCAACGCCGGCCUCAACCUCACGCAGGCCACGCGCGUCAUCAUCAUGGAUCCCUUUUGGAACCCGUACAUUGAGAUGCAGGCAGUCGAUCGCGCGUACCGCAUCGGGCAGAAGCAGCCCGUCGAGGUCUUUCGCAUCCUGACCAAGGAGACGGUCGAAGACCGCAUCGUGGAGUUAAAGGACAAGAAGCAGGCCAUUGUGGAGGCGGCUCUCGACGAGGCGGAGGGUGCCCGGAUUGCAAGACUGGGUGUCAGCGAGCUCAAGUUUUUGUUUAACAGACGCGACGAGCAGACGUGGCAUUUCUAG